ACCAUCCAGCUGACAAGUGACAGCACGAAGGUCAGAACUCAGAAGCGAAGCAGAGAAGGGAAAGCACAGAUUAAGAAAGCAAGAACGGCCAUGGUGGCUACGAAAACUUCAAAGUCGAGGAAAUCCUCUUCUCUUCCUUCUUCUUCUCCGGCCUCCUCAGCUCCCGGUGAAACACCCGCCGUCGACUCGAACCGGAGGAUGGUGUUGAGAAUUAAAUGCGGCGAGGGAGCGAGGAAUUCCAUUAGACAAGUUACGUUGAGCAGCGAGCUCGACAGGAAACUGACUGGAACGAGGUCCAUAACGAAGAAGAAGCCGAAGAAGAAACUCGACAAGGUCGACACUAAAAUGCCCAAGAAGCCGCCAACUGCCUUCUUCUUUUACUUGGAAGAUUUUCGCAAAGACUUUCGAGAGCAGAAUCCAGAUGUCAAGUCCAUGCGUGAGAUUGGCAAAGCAUGUGGGGAGAAGUGGAAAACAAUGACAUAUGAGGAAAAAGUUAAGUACUAUGAUAUUGCCACCCAGAAAAGAGCAGAGUUUGAAAGUGCCUUGAAGGAUUACACAAAGAAAAAGGGAGGGAUUUUAAUCGGCCCAACAGCGUUAGGCAAUCUGGGUUAUUUCCAGCAGAUGUUCCCUUUGAGGGCGCUGAUGAUGCUGGAAACGGUUUCAUACUGGGCCUUGACCUGCCACGUCUUCCUGCUCGGAUUGGAAACCGACGUCGCCUCUGUUCUCCGGGCAGGGAAGAAAGCGAUCCACGUCGCCGCUUUCGGCUUCCUCUUCCCACUCCUCGCCGGCAUCGCCCUUUUCCUCAUGAUACACAAGAACCGCCCGGACGAGGAGAGCAGCCAGAGCCAGUUCGUCUACUUCGCCGCCCCGCUCGCGAUGACGGGCUUCCCCGUCGUCUCCCGGAUCCUCGUCGAGCUCAAGCUAAUCCACACCGACCUCGGCAGGCUCGCCAUGUCCUGCGCUCUCGUCGAGGAUCUGGUCGGGUGGGCAUUCGUCAUCGUUCUGCUUCCCUACACCAUCAGCUUCUUGAAUGCGGUUUACUCUGCUCUGGCCAAUGUCGCCUUCAUUCUGUUCUGCGUCUACGCGGUUCGCCCUGUUCUGGCCAUUUUGAUCCGCCGCACCACCGCUCACAGGAACAACGUCAACGAGCACUACCUGAGCUUCAUCAUGGUCUCUGUUUCGCUGUUCGCCUGUGCUACGGAGGUGCUGGGGACAGGGUCGCUGGUCGGAGCUUUCGUUUUUGGGGUUAUCAUGCCGGACAGAGUGAUUGCCGGGAUGCUGGCGGAUAAGUUUGAGGAUUUCAUGUCUGGGUAUUUGCUUCCUCUGUAUUUUGUCACCUGUGGGUUGAAGAUCAACCUGAAGGAGGUCAAUAGCAAUUGGGCAGGGCCGGCGUUCACGAUUCUGAUAUGUUGCUCGUUGAAGAUCAUCGGAGCGAUGAUCACCACUUCUAGGUAUAAGAUCCCACGGCGGGAUGCUUUUGCUCUUGGGCUGAUUUCUAAUACCAAAGGGAUCAUCUCCAUGUUCAUGGCAAACUUGGCCAUAGAUAAAAAGAUUUUGUCUAGCUAUGAGUACGCAACGCUAGUUCUUUCCAUUGCAGUCAUGACUGCGGCUACGGGGCCGAUCAUCGCCAACAUGUACCGACCGGCCAAGCGUCUGUCUCAUUACAAACAGAGGACGAUCCAACAAGCCAAAGGAGCAGAAUCCGAGCUCAGAGUCCUGGCUUGCUUCCACGGCCCCUACAACAUAACAGGGAUGAUCAACCUCUUCGAUUCCUCUGCAACAACCAAAGAAUCCCCUCUCAACGUGUUCGCCCUCCACCUCGUCGAGCUCACCGGUCGAGCCUCCGCGAUGCUGAUCAUCCACAAUCCGGGGAAGAGUCGAGCAGGGCGCAAAGACGCCAACUCUGAACAAAUCCUGACUGCACUGGACACUUUCGCUAGCCUCAACGACUCGAUCGAAAUGCACCCUCUGACUGCGCUGUCCCCUUUCGUCACGAUGCACGACGACAUAUGUAGCCUGGCCGAGGACAGGAGGGUGAGCUUCGUGAUCCUGCCUUUCCACAAGCCCCCGACUCGAGAUGGGAAGCUCGACGAAGAAGGCAGCACCUCGUUUCGAGGGGUCAACCUGAACGUGCUGGCAAAUGCUCCUUGCACCGUAGGCCUGUUUGUGGACAGAGGGUUUGGGGAAACCCAGAAUGAGGAUUCUUCCCUGAAGCGGCAGGUCGCAAUGUUGUUCUUCGGCGGGCCUGAUGAUCGCGAGGCUCUCGCCUACGCUUCGAGGAUGGGAGCGAGUGGGGUGGUGAAUCUGCGCGUAGUAAGAUUUCAAUCGGGAAUGUUGGAAUCGAAUCAUGGGGGUGACGCGUCUGCCUACGUAGAGAGGCAGAGGAAGCUUGACGAAAUGUGCUUGAAUGAGUUCAGGCUUAGAUCCGCGGGGCAAGAGAUGAUCCACUACGAGGAGAAGGAGGUGAAUGGGGAGGAGGAAGUGGUGUUCAUCUUGAGAGAAAUGGCCACAACACAACAGAUUGAUUUGUUCUUGGUGGGGAAAGGGGAAGGUGCCCUGCAGCCUCUGACGGCUGCUCUGUUGGACUGGUGCGAGUAUCCAGAGCUCGGUCCGAUUGGGGACUCGUUGGUCUCGAUGGACGAUUCGCGGAGCUCUGUUCUGAUCGUGCAACAGUACAUCGGGCCGGAGGAAGAAGCAGAGGAGUUGGGGGAUCAACGGCGCGAGCAUAUGGUAGAUGUGCACGAGCCAUCGGAGCACUCGAGAGAGCAUCUUGGGAAGUGGCAGGUUCCCGGGGAAGAAGAUGAGCAUCAUCUUGGCGGGUUUGAGAUGGAACCAUUUGAUAGGCACAAACGUGAUGAUGGGAUGGAUGGUUUGAAAUAUAACUAUUGA